GGGAAGGAGGGAGGGAGGGAAGGAGGGUGUCGCCGCCACCGCCACCGCCUCGCACAUGAUGGGCGGACACUUUGUUCACUAGUCACUAAACCGACUUUCAUCUUUAAAAAGCCCUUGUGUGUGUGUGUGCGUGUGCGUGUGUGAAAAAAAAUAUGGACCGCGGGGAGGUGGACCCGAGGUCCACUUGUCCGCCAAGGUCCGGAAUCCCGGCCUUCGGUGGCUUGAGGCGGGAGGCGGAGCUGCUGGGAGCGGGAGACAAGCGAUGCCCUUCGCCCACCUCGCCAUCAGUCAGGCACAACAUGAAGCGCCUGCUCAGAGAGUUCAAGGACUUGUAUGAGGAGAAGCUGAGGCACACCGAGUUUAGAGAUGAGAAUAAUCAAGGGUUGAGGAUGAAGAUAAGAAUUUUUCAAUCCUAUGUAAAUGAUCUCAGUGAUCAGAAUGACGUCUUGGUACAAACAGUUGAAGAUCUUGAAAGAGAGGCAAAUGAAAAAGUUGCUAAUCUCAAUUCCAAACUGAAGAAAGCUGACCAGAUGUUAAAUGAACUGAAGUUCAAAUGGGAAACCUCAAAGAAAGUAGCUGAUAACCUUCUUGCAGAGAACCGGGAUAUACAAAUAGAUCUCAGCGCCGUGAUUGCCGCUCUCCAGGAAGCGAUAGUAACACAGAAGCUUGACAUUUCAUCCCUUACCUUGAGGAGUAAUGCUUUGGAGCAAAUUACAGGGCCAGUAUUUCUCCAUUCAUGUUCUACUAGGACAAAAUCAGAGGAGCUCACAAAAACGCACUUGGAAGCUUUAAAAUCAGAACUGGUAGCAAGAGACCAAAUGAUUCAAAAUGUCCAGGAGGAGCUAAAUAAAGCAUUGUGUGAAAAAGAAAGGAGUAGAGCUGAGCAAACCAGCAACAAAAAGAAAUUUCAAGCACAACAAGAGAUGAUUAAACAGCUGCAGGAAGAGGUAGCAGUCAAGGAAGCAGAAAAUAACAAACAUUUACAAAGCAAUAGAAAUCUUCAAGAAAAAAUUAAAAUGUUGACACAGAAGCUUCAGAAAAGGGAAGACAUGAUCCAGAGACAGCAGAAGGAAAUCCUUUCCCUGCAACAGGAAAAAGAUGGGCUCUUUACGGAGUUUCAAGCACAGAAGCAUGAGAUUUGCCAGUUUCAAACAGAACAGAAAAAUAAGGAGUAUGAAGCUCAACACAGAAUGGCUCAUCAUGAACAGCUACAAAAUGAGCUAGAUAUUGCUUGCAAGUUGCAUGAGCAGGCCCAACAUAAGCUGGAUGAUACCAAACGUGAACUGGAGGGGAUUCAGGCCGACCUUUCCAUUGCUAAACAUGAACGUGAUAUGGCAUUGGCUGAGAUUGAAAAAAGUGAAUGCUACGUGACUGAAUUCAAAGAUCAACUUAAACAACUUCAGCAACAAUACAGCGAUACUCUGGAGGAAAACGGACGCUUACAAGCCAGGCUUGAAGCCCGGUUGAUAACUACUCAGAGCGAACAAGACGUGCUUUCAAAUGAAGUCUCUUAUAAGGAUGACAUAAUCCAUAAACUGAGAAUGCAACAAAUUAAACAAGAUGAAAAAUUAAAUUUAGCGGAUGAAAAGGUGCAACAUCAAGAAAAAUUACUCGAUCAAUUGCAUCAGAAAUAUUUGGCUGGAGUGAGUAAAGUUGAAAAUCAAGAGGAGAUGAUUUAUUCCCUGGAGCAGCAACUUGAAACUGCAGCUCAGCAGGAAGAAGCCAUUAAACACUUGCAAUCAGAAUUAUCUGGUUUACGUUCUGCACGUGAAUUGGACAGAAAGACCAUGGUCCUCAAGGAACAGCUCAUUAAAGAGCUGCAGCAAGAGCAUGAUGCGUUGAAGCAGAAAUUGAAGGAAGUGAUGUUCAAGAUGAGCAGUGGUGAGGGACAGGUUAAUUCCCUGGGCUUGGAAGUAAACAUGCUGAAGACUAGAUUAGUGGAAAAGACUGAUGAGGCACAAAAUCUGGAAGAUCAAGUUCUGAAACAGCAGGCGGCCUUGAACAGAGCAAGUGAAAAUAUCAGAGAUACGAGGAAAGCAGCUGGUGAUGAGAUUAUUCAGAAAGAGAGCAAACUGGGUGUUUUGGAACAAGAAAUAGUGGAGGCACAAAAGCAAUAUUCUGCAUGUUAUGAAGAGUUGCUUCACAGAGAAAAUCUCAUGCAGAAACUGAAAGAAGAAACAGUGAAGCUAACAGAGCAAAUGAAACAGGAUUCCCAGGACUUCAACAAGCUCAGCACCGAAAAGCAAAAACUAGAACUGGAGAUGGUGGUUGUCAUGGAGAAGCAUAGAACAGCUCAGCAAGAGGUUAAUAGCAGGAAUCAGGUGAUUUUAAAACUGAAGACUGACCUGAAAACUGCGCAAGAGAAGUACAUGGGUUCACAAGAAGAACUUGCAGUUCAGGAGGCAGAGCUCAACAGACUUAACCAGAAACUGAAAGCUCUGCAGAAUGAACUGCAUGAACUGAAAGAUACAUGCAGUGAACAGGAAGAUCAGCUGACCCAGGCUAGAACAUCAGUUCAGCAACUGGAGCAUGAACGAGAGAUUCUCAUGGAAGAAAUACAAAACAAUUUGAAAAACGUAGCACAAUUACACAACAAUCUGGAUGUCACAAAACAGGCUCAUAAUACUGACUUAGAGCGGUGGUCACAGAAGAUCUCUCUUCUGCAAAAGGAGCUGAAUUCAAACGCAAUUGAGCUACAGGAUAGUCUUGGGAAAAUACAGGAGUACAAGACUAUGGGGGUGGAGUUGAAAGAAAACUUGGAAAAAACUGAGCAACUUCACCUUGAGGCUAUGAACAUGGUUGAUCAACAUGAAAAGACCAUUCAAAAACAGAAUUCUGAAAUUGGAUGUUUAAGGCAGCAUAUGAGCCUCUUGCAAGAUAAGGUAACAGAAAGUCAGAAUCAGACAAAAGUCUCUGAAUCAACAGCAGAUGUCUUCAAACAGAAAUAUCAAGCAAACACAGAUAGAGUACAAGAACUGGAGAAACUCGUGCAGAACCUUGAAGACGAUUUAAAAGAUUCCAGUACUCAGAUCUUUGAGGUGAACGAGACACUCCACAAUUUAAAAGAUGAAAUGCUGACCUUGCAACGUCGAUAUGAAGAAAAGUGCAGCCAAGUGGACACUUGUGAAGAAAUGAUUGAUCAACUGACUGAAGAGUUGAAUGCUUGUCAGGAGAGCCGUAAAAAUAACCAGGAGCACAUUCAGCAGUGUGAACAGAUAAUCCAGAGAUUGAAAGACGAGGCAAUGAAGAUGCAAAGAGAGAUAUCAGAAAAAGAGGAGGUAGCAAUACUUCUUCAGUCAGAAUUGGCAUUUUAUCGAGACAACCAUGGUCAUUCCAAUGAGGAGUAUGAUUCACAGAAUUCACAUAUUCAACACUUGCAAAAGGAACUUGAAUCAAUGAGAAAUGACUACAAUGAGAAAAAUAGUCAAGUCAAAGACUGUGAACAAACCAUCCUAGAUCUCAAAGCUGAGUUAAACAGCUCUGCUGAUCAACAAAAGAAUUGUAUACUUGAAGUGGAAAGGCUUGAGAAAACGUUGCAGACAAUUCAGUUGAAUGUAGCAGCUUCCCAGCAAAAGUUCAAGUUGGAGGUGGCAGGGCUGGAACAACAAAUUACCCAGCUUGAAAGUGACCUCACAGAAUCCCGAAAAGCUAUAUGUAAAAGGGAUGACCUCCUGAGGAAAUCAGAGACUGAUCUCCUACAGGCUCGUGAAAGUAUCAAAGUGAAAGUGGCAGAGGUGGAAAAUCUGGAAACCAUAGCCAAGAGCCUGAAAGUGGAGAUCCAGGGCUAUCAAAAGAAUAAGAGACAAAUUGAAAAGGAAAAUACAACACUGAGGAGAGAAUUUCAGCAUCUAAACCAGGAGCUGCAGGAUGUCCAUAGGCAAUACAGAGAGACUGCUCAAGAGCUUGCAAAUCGAGAAGAGAAGCUAUGUCUGAUGGAGUUGAACUUACAAGCCACUCAGGAGCAACUAAAUGACCGAGUAUCUGAGAUAGUUCGGCAAGAACAGAGUAGACGAAAGUUGAACCUAGAACUGAAAGCACUAAAACAACACAUUGACGCUACUGAGGAAGAGAUGAAGAAAUACAAGGAGCUAUGGGAGAAGCUGAAAAAUGAGCUAAAUGUAACAAAGCAAGAGCAGCAGAAAACACUACAGGAAAUGUUAAAACACCAGCAAGCAAGCCACAAACUGGAAUUAGACCUGGCCAAUACCAGAGAGCAGGUGGAAACGUUACAGCAACAGCUUCAGCUGCAAGAGGAACUGGUAAGUUGUCUAAGGGAGGAGCUUAGUCAGGCACAAAACCAAUACCAGGAUCAACAAAGGCAGCUUGCGAAGUUAAAGUACCACAUAUCUGAAAUGGAGGUGGAAGUAGAAAACCUCAAAGGCAAACAAAAGAAUGGUGCACAGAUGCUUAAGGAUCGGGAGAAUCUUAUAUCAACACUGAAGGAAGAAAUGGAACUUCUACAGAAUAAGCAUCACAGUGUGUGUGAGGAGCUAACAAAAGCGGACUCAAGAGUUAAACAUAUUCACUUAAGCAUGGCUGCAACUGAGAAACAGAGAAAGCACUAUGCUGAAGAGGUUGAAUACUACAAAGAAAGUUUGGCAAGGUUGCAGACUAACCUGGAUGAAUCGAAGGAAAAAUAUAAACAGUGCAAUAAAGAACUGUCAGUGUCAGAAAAGAAUGCCCAUGAUCUAAAAUUGGAAAUUUCAAUCUUGCAAGGAAGUCAGAGAGAGAAUGUGGAGCAGCUGAAUGGAAAGACUAAGGAUGUAAUUGUUCUCAGCGGUGACAACGCUGUGCUGCAACAAUCAAAUGAAAAACUCACCACCGAAAAUUCUGCAUAUGAAAUUAAGAUGAAGAAACUCCAUUCUGAGCUGAAAAUAGUCAGUCAGUUGAACAAACAAUCUGAGGAAGAGGUACACAAAUAUGAAGAGAAGCUAACUGAGAUCAGUGCUCAACUCAUUGAAGCACUGAAGAAGAGCCAAGAAAGCAUCAAAGAUUUAGCUGUUAAAGAAGAACACCUGGUUAUGCACAAAGCACAGAUGGUUGUCUUAGAAGAGACGUUACAAGACAAAGUAGCAGAGCUGGAAACUCUGCAGCAAGCCCUCAAAGAAGCACAAAGUGACAACGGUCGACUCCAUCAAGAAAGCGAGUUAGUGGUCACAAAUGUUAGUCAGUGGAUUAAAGAACAGAAGAUUGCAAAUGACAAUUUUGGUGCCAAGUUCAAGGAACAAAACCAACUCAUCUCUCAGUUAACUGCUGAUAAGGUCAAUUUACAGGAAAUCACUGAAGCCUUGAAUCAAGAUUUGAAAAAAGUGAAAGCUGAUUUAGAAGAAAAGAAAAUAGAAAUUGAACAAAUGAAGGCAUUACAGAGUCAUGCUGCCAUUCAGAAAACCCUGAUUAAUCAGCUUAGAGGUCAAAUAGAAGAUCAAGAGCAUGAACAGGAGAGUCUCAUAGCAGAAAAGCUUGCAACCAUUGAAGACAUGCACAACAGGUUGAAGACCAAUGUUGAGUCAGUACAGCUCCUGAACCAACAGUUAAAUAGCCUGAACAAGGAACAUUUACAACAAAGAAGACAGCUGGAAAAGGAGCAGGUCCAACGCCAUCAACUUGAACAGCAGUUAGAAGCCUUUAGUAAGAUAAUUCUUUCUCUCAGAGCACAAUUGGAAACUAAAGCAGAACUCCACGGGUUAUCUGGGCAGAGAGCAUCUUUAUUUGAAGGGGCCAUGGUUUCUGAUGCAACAACCACUUUAAACUCCUACUUGGGGCUUGAACAAGGGUCAUUCAGUGGUUCUCAAAGGGAGAGAGUGGAAGAUUUAAUUAGGAAGGAUCUUGCAAAAUCUGGGCUAACUGAUUCAGUGGCACCAGAUAAAUCGUAUUGGAUCCAGCGUGUUGGAGAACUCUCUGCUCAGCUACAGGAAAGCACCGAAUACUGGACAGACAAAAUGAAUGCAUUAACCAAGGAAAUUGAGCAUGCUCAUUUAACAUCCUCCAAAAAAUAAUGGGUUGUAAAUAAGCGAGUACAUAAGACACAAAUGAUGAUAAAGAUCUCCUCCCUAAAUGAGUGAAGUAUUUCAUAUUCAGAAUUAAAUACAAGUUUUUAAUGGGAACAAAGUAACAUGAAAACCAUUAUUAAUGUGAAAUGUUUAUGCAAUAUUAAUUGCAGGUUUACAGCACAAUUUGCACAAGAUCUUGGGGAAAGUUACCGAAAAUUAGUUAAUCUCUGUGUAGAGAUCACUGAAUAAAGUGGGCAUCAAAAGGAAGUGGGAAAUAUUAAAUAUUAUUAAUAAUAAAUAUUAAAUAAUUCAACCUCAAUUUCAACUCAAAGCAAGAUGAGUUAAACAAACAAAUUCUGAUUCAUCUUUUAUUCCCUCCACCAAAAAAAAGGCAUUUUUUUAAUGAGGCAGGGGCAGGGAUUGUUCGUGAUAGUUAUGUGUUGUUCGCGGUUGUAAAUUGGUUGCCACCGCUGCUGUUAAAUGACAUAAUAGUCAUGACAGUAAGAAAAAGCAAGCCCUUGUUAUAUUUUUUAAUAUAAAAGAAUCUACAUAAUUAAGCAAUGAAUAUGGAUGCAGGCUUGCCUUGAUAGACUAUUAUAAAACAAAUACUCUCUAA